AAUCACAGGGAGGAUUGAUAAAGGAGCACUCUGAUAGGACAAAAACAGAACAUGGGAGGGGACAAAUAAGGGAAUAAAUGCUGGCCACCCCAGCCAGCAGCAGCAACUCACUCGGGUCUCCUUACACACUGUGGAAGCUUUGUUCUUUCACUCUUCACAAUAAAUCUUGCUGCUGCUCACUCUUUGGGUCUGUGCCAUCUUUAAAAGCUGUAACACUCACUGCGAAGGUCCGUGGCUCCAUUCUUGAAAUCAGCAAAACCACAAACCCACUGGCAGGAACCAACUCUGGACACAUCUUGGGAGCUCCUCUGGGAUAUUGUCAUGUGAUGGGAAACACUCAGGCAUCAACAGGCUCACCCUUGAAAUGCAUCCUAAGCCAUUGGGACCAAUUUGACCUGCAAAUCCUGAAAAAUAGAAUCUACAAAAUACCUCCCAUGGUAACAAGAAAACAACACACAAUCAAAACAAAUGAAGUGCUUCCCAAACACCAUCUUCUUCAAGGGAGGAGACCAGUACGGAGUCACUACAAGUUGUUUCUUCUACCAACGGUACCACAAAUGGCCCCAAAGGCCCAAAUGGGAUUCAAAAUGGAGUCAGUGCUGUUACAAUACGAUCUUCUAUUCAAUAAAGAAGCAAAAGUACUCACAGCAGAGUGGGAUUGCUGUGAGAAGGAGCCAUGUAAGCUCACCUGAUUGGUAUGGAGCAAAAGCCAAGGGCUUUGGUUCAGUCCUCCACUGCUCAUCAGAUCUCCCAUUUCAGCUUCCUGGGCCAGGUGCAUGUGCAGAUAGAUCCAGCUCAAGGAUUAUGAACUUCUCCUCCUGAUCAGCUGUCAUGUCAAGGGUAGAGGCAGUGAGAACAAGAUUUUAAUUUGCCUUUAUGAUUUCUGAUCUUACUCUCUUCACUUUGCAUACAUCUUUUCUUCUUGACUAUCAGCCACCAUACAGUGACUCCAAGUCCACUACCAGAUAUGAAGACAACCACCUUCCAUGGACUUCUUCACUUGCACCACAUGUUGUUCUUGGUGAAUGGUGUCUCUUAUAUUCUAAUCAAUUCUUUUUAGCUCUUUAGCAUCUUAGCUUUUCAAAAAAUGUGAAAGAUCUAAUCUUUAAAAUAAACUCUUCUUAUCCAUA